AUGGGUGUAAGUCAAAGCACAGUGUGGAGGUGGAAGACAAAGGAGAUCAUUAGAAAGCACACCAAUGCAAUUAAACCACUCCUAAAUGACAAAAACAAGCUUGACAGGUUAAUUUUUUGUCUUUCUAGUUGCAUUCUAGAUGAUGAGGGAAUUAACUUUAGAUUCAAUGACAUGUCAAACAGUGUACACAUAGAUGAGAAACUAUUUUAUCUCACUAGGACACAACAAACAUACUAUCUCACACCUGAUAGGAAUCUUUCCUUUUACAACUCAAGUUUCAGCUUAGAGGAGCUCAAAGAACAGGAAGAGAGGGAACAUAGAGACCAAACCUCAAUAAGAAACAAAUGGCCACAAGAAGCAAGCAAGAAAAUUUUUAUCCAACAAGAAAAUGCCAAACCACACAUUUUGGAUGAUGAUUUAAGGUUCAGAGAGGCAGCAACAUUUGAGGGAUUUGACUUUCAUUUGGUUCAGCAACCCCCUAAUUCUCCAGACAUGAAUGUCUUGGACUUAGGGUUUUUUAGAUCAAUACAAGCACUUCAACAUAAAAAAUCAGCAUAUAAUUACACACAAAUGGUGAGGGCAGUUACUAAUGCAUUUGAAUCUCUACAACCAAGUACAAUGAAAUUUGUUUGGAUCACUCUACAAGCAUGUAAAGUUGAAGUUAUAAGAAAAUUGGGGGCAUAG